AUGGGACGGCCAAGCAACUCUUCCGUCGUUCCGAUAGAGAACUCAUCGGAACUCGACAAAACAAAAUGUUCACCAAGUGAGACGUCGAGCACGGUCUCUGACGAGAACCGGUGCCGACGAAUCACGGUGAACGUAAUUAAGGUAAUGGCGGCCAUCUUCUUCGUCUAUACAUUCAUUUUUGCCAUUGGACUCCUGUCGGAUUCGUUCCAAGUUCUUGGUGGAGCCUUCCUCAAUGAUGUGAUUGCCAGCGUCCAAGAUAUCCUUGAAAAUCCAUUCUGUGGAUUCUGUAUGGGCAUUGUGCUGACUGUACUUUGCCAAUCGUCCUCAACUGCGACUUCGAUCUUCAUCACACUUGUCGGCUCCGGAUUGUUUACAGUGAAAGUCGGUAUUUACUGCAUUUACGGCGCGAAUGUUGGAACCGCUAUUACAAGCACCCUGGUUGCGUUUGGAAAUGUGGCCGAAAAGAAAGAAUUCGCAGCGGCAAUGGCAUGUGCCGCAAUUCCCGCCGUUUACGAUAUCCUGAUCGUGUUAAUUUUGUUCCCGCUGGAAAUCCUGUUUGACAUGAUGGAAAAACUCACAGGACUCAUGGUCGCCCCAUUUGCCGAUUGCGUUGAAGAUUGUAACUCGGACGGCUUGGACUUUGAUCCGAUCGGCGCGAUUACUGACCCCAUCCAGCAGUACAUUCUCGUCAAGAAUAAGAAGGGACUUGGAUCGCCAGAUUACAACGGCACUUUUGUCAACUAUUGCAAAACCAAGCUUGGAAAUGACACGUCCCUCUGCACUGAUUUCUGCGACUACCCAGACAUGGACGGCUGUCCACCCGGCGGAUCCACUUGCAUGCAGUCCGGUCCAUCCUACGAGUGCAGAUUCAAGGACUUCUCCGCCCCCGAUACCUUCAUCGUCAAAUUCACCGACCACUGCGUGGAGAAAGAGAAGCACAUGUUUGUCAAUUCCUGUCUAUCCGACGAAGCCAUCGGUGGAAUUUGCUUCGCCAUCAGUUUUAUCAUGAUGUAUGCUUCGUUGGUCGGCGUUGUCAAGUGUUUGAAAUCCGUGCUCGUUGGCUCAAUCACCGAUUUGCUGAAAGAAAAUGUGGACAAGAAUCUGCCAAGCCCAUUCGGCUGGUUCACCGACUAUUUGUACAUCAUCGCUGGCGUCCUUCUGACGUUUGCUGUUCAAUCAAGCUCGAUUAUUCUUUCGAUUUUGACGCCCAUCGUCGCCAUUGGAGUCAUCUCCGUCGAGCGAGCGUAUCCGAUCACUGCUGGCGCCAAUCUUGGUACGACUAUUACUGGUUUAAUCGCUGCCUUUGCCAAUGCCAGUGGUGACUUUUCACAGGCCCUUCAGGUCUCGCUCUCUCACGUGAUGUUCAACUCUUUUGGAAUCGUCUUCUUCUUCAUCAUCCCCAUGACCCGAUAUCCAGUCGUCCAAGGAUCCCUCUGGAUCGGUAAAAUGGCCGCUCGAUACCGCUGGUGGUCAAUUUUGUACACGAUUAUCGUCUUCAUCGCAGGUCCCUUGAUUCUCUUCGGAAUCUCGCUCAUUGAUGAAACUGCUGGUCCCAUCAUUUCAAUGAUCAUCAUGUACGUCCUGGCACUCAUCUUCGGCGCUGUUGGCUUCAUCACGUGGCUUCAGCAGAAUCAUCCGAAAGUUCUCCCCGAGUUCUUGAAGUCGUGGAAGUUUCUACCUGUCUGGAUGCGAUCGCUUCGGCCAAUCGACAAUGCUAUCUGCAGAAAUCCACGAAUAAUGAACAUGUGUUCCUGCUGUACAGAGGAGCUUCCUGAUGACGAAAACACUACCGUCAAAGUAGACGAAAACGGCGUCGAGAAUCCCGCCCUGAAGACCUCAGAGAAUCUCCCAGAAUACAAAGACCUCGAAAGUAUGGUCACCGAUCUAUAG